GGAAUUUUGAUGAUUUUAUAGUACCACAGACUGACAGUCAUUUCAGGCUGCGCUUGCGAUGCCCGCCUGGACAAUCAUCUCGCCACGCGAGCGAGACAAGGGCCAUCCCAUGCGCAUGAAGAUGUUCCGGAUCAUGAAAACGGUCUACCGCAUGCUAGACCCACCCAACGAGCCCUCCGCAAUCACUGAACCAGAACCACCCAUCCUAUCAAGUGUUAUUAUCCAUUUCCGUCUCUCCACAGAGUCUGUCACGCGCUUUGCUCUCCUACUCCGUGAGAUGCAGAUUGAAGACAAGGUGUAUGAUGUCGCAGUUGAUCAUCCCUCCUCUUGACUCGGACUGUUGGACGGCGGAGCCUGACCUUGCACGUAGGGUAUCGAAGCAGCUGCAAGUGCAGAAAUAUUACGAACGCCUUCUACGACAGGAGGGUGAUGGUACCGUAGACAUUACCGGUUUACGAUCAGACACUUCGCGUUGUCCCAUAUGUGAUUCAAGUCUUAUUCACUGCAAUAGCUGUCAGGUCGCAUCGUGCGAAUCGCACGACUGCCGUGGAUUUUCUGACCCCCCUUUUGCGCGGUGCGUCAGACACAAAACAGAGGUGCUAUGUUUUCCAUGCCUCCAGGGACAGGGGUCCAAGCAGGAGCUAGAAAAGUGUCCCUGCAACUCUUGGUGCUGCGCGAGAGAUAUCUCCUCAUGUACCGGUCACCCGCUCAGUAUCCCGCUCAUGCCUCGUGUAAACAAGAAGUUCGUUGCUCCUGGUUUAAUUACGGCCUAUGCUGAAUCUGCGCGGGCUCACCCUCCUAAGCGCGGUUCCUGCAUAGAAUGCAAAUUGCCCGGCUGGCGUAGCUGCCGAAACAAGCUAUGCUGGUCCCAUUCGAUCUGCCCAGAGUGCACGAGUGGCGGUCUGACAUGUAUGUGUGGGGAAGUGUGGGCAUGCGACCUCUGUGCGGAGCAUGACCCUAGCGUGUUCAUCCGCUGCCCGCGCUGUCGCCGGCUGUUCUGCUACAGUUGCUGCUACAUCGAUGACUGUGUCCUGUGCAAUGGCUCGAACCUCUGUUACGACUGCGCCGAAGAAGUUUCGGAAACGGACGACAAGGAACUAGAGGAAAUGCCUGCUAAACUCGUGGCGUCGUGUGGGAGUUGUGAAGUAAAGAUGUGCGAUCGUUGUGAGUCGUAUCUGGCGGCUUCGUGCGCGGUGUGCUCGAGACGACUUUGCACGCCAUGUGUGAGGGAUGCUGAAUGCUCGUGCAACCGUGUGCUAUGUGAUGGGUGCGUUGCAGAUCACGGGUGCCGCUUGUGCUCCCAGAGGAAUAGGGACGACAGCGAUGGAUCUUGACGUAUACUAGCAGAGCAAAUCUUAAAAGACUGUCAUAUUAAUUCAUAUGAUCCCAAAGCGUUGCAUAGGAAAUCUGCGCUUAGUUUUACAUACCCAAUGUA